UUUGCGUUAUUUUUCCUUAAAAAAACCUUUAAUAACAAAUUGCAAAAGGUAGCUACGGAAAACUUCAAAUCCUUUCAGAUCGUUUCAGGCUAUCGAAUUCGACUAUUCAAUGUAUUCAUCAAGACACUUUCGUGCGUUUUGUACUGUGUACGAGUUGUGCACGACUCCAGGCUACUUCCAUCAGUUCAUUUGGAUUUUAAUCUGUGUGACUACCUGUUCUGGGUAGGCAGGAAUACAUACCUGUGGCUUAUACAAACAUUCGUCGCACUUGUUAGUCUAUCUGAGACCAUAAUCGUAUUCUACAUCAGUUAUGAGUGGAACAUUUGUCGCCUCUUCGUCAAUGCCCACUUCCUUUUGGAACUCGUCACCAGUUUCCCAUUUAUCAUUACGAUUUUCUUCAGAGAUCUCCGAAUAAUGUAUGUCCCCGUGUUUUUGAAUUGUUGGCUAGCCAAGGGAUCACUUCACUCAAUGAUGAAUGAUUUGAAUCGUGGAUCCUUGGUAAAACACUCUGCACUCUUUAGACACCUUCUGAUUUUGUUUUCGACGCUGAUCUGCCUGAUUUUCACUGGUAUGUGUAGCAUAGAGCAUCUACAACGAGCAGGUGAACGCCAAUUCGACCUUUUCACUAGCUUUUAUUUUGUUAUGGUUACAUUUUCGACUGUUGGAUAUGGAGAUUGGUAUCCAGAUACUUGGAUGUCGCGACUAUGCGUCAUUAUCCUUAUUUGUGUAGCCUUAGUCCUACUUCCUUCACAGCUCGAGGCCUUGGGCCAAACUUGGAUUGCAAGACAGAAGUGUGGAAGUGAUUAUAGUGGAGGCUUCUCGAAAAACGAAAAACACGUCGUUGUUACGAUCACUCAUUUGGAAAUGGAACUAGUCAGAGAUUUUUUAGACGAAUUCUAUGCACAUCAUGAAAACAAGCGUGUGCAUGUGAUUCUACUUUCGCCUGCUGAGCUUGACGAUCCCACCCGCCUUUUACUGAAAUUUCCGUUGUACAGUGAACGUGUUCACUAUGUAAGGGGGACUGCUCUUCGUGAUGAAAACCUUGAAAGAGCUCGUCUCGGAGAUGCCCAAGCUUGUUUCAUUCUUUCUGCUCGUCACCAGGACAAGAAAAUCAUUACGGAUGAACAUACUAUCCUUCGUUCUUGGGCAGUCAAGGAUUUCGCUCCACAUGUUAAGCAGUAUGUACAAAUAUUUAGGCCAGAAACUAAGAUGCACGUUGAACAUGCAGAGGUGCUGAUUUGCGAAGACGAGUUCAAAUAUGCUUUGUUGGCGAAUAACUGUAUUUGCCCUGGUAUAUCCACUUUUAUUACUCUUCUGAUGCAUACGUCAAAAGGAGACGAAGGGAAGAAAUCGAGCGAACCAUGGCAUAAGGUUUAUGGAUUUCAUUCUGGCAAUGAGAUCUACAUGAUAAAAGCAGAGGAUUCGAAAUUUUUUGGAAGUUUUAUUGGAAAAUCUUUCACAUGCGCCUCAUACUGUGCCCAUAAUAGGUAUGGUGUCGGCUUGAUUGCAGUCAAGUCGGACGAGCCAAACGCGAAGAUCCUUCUCAAUCCUGGCGGAUCGCACAUUAUCAAGUCGAAGGACACCCUGUAUUACAUGGCCCUCACGAACGAGGAAUCCUUGUAUAACUUCCAUAAAGAUUUAAAGGAUCAAAAGAAAAAGGCUGAUCUAGCAUCAACUAUUGCAAACGUUGGUAAGUAUUUCGGAAGGAAGCUAGUUUUUCGUUCGGUUCAGUCAUAUCGAAGGAAUAUCAAGGCAUUUCAGACAAAACCAGGAACCUCGAGUGAUUCAGAAAACGAGGAUUCAUGCGACAAAUGCAAAGGCCCAUGUAUAAAACUACAACGCAGCUACCCACAAGUUCGUACCUACAUUGGAACGUCUAAUACUGUUUGUCAUAUGCUCAAGCAAAAACGGCCUAUAUGUUGUUUACAGUUGAAUGAGCCAUGUGAGCACUGCCCGUACACUUCUGCUCACGAAUACGGAUGGUCUAAUAAACCUAUUAUCCUGGCCGCAGACAGAACAAGUACUUACUAUCGGCAAGUUCACAAGCUUCAUCCAAUAGUUUUGCUACUCGAGCUGGAAGAAACGUCCAGCCCCAGUUCGAGUUUUCUAGACGCUAUUUCAUACUUCCCAUUGAUAUAUUGGAUGCAUGGAAAGAUGCUUGACAACCUUCUUCGAGCAGGCGUCAGUAAUGCGGAACAUGUCGUGGUAGUUAAGGAGUUUGCUUCAUUAGCGGAGGAACACCUCGCCGACUGUAGUACCAUUAUCACCGUUCAAAAAAUACAUAGGAUGUUUCCACGUCUACGAAUGAUCACAGAACUCACCCAUACGAGUAAUAUGCGAUUUGUACAGUUUAGCGCUAACAAUCCCUACUCCUUGGCUCAAUCCAAGUUUGAAAAGAAUGAGAAAAAACGAGGAUCGCAUAUGCCCUACAUGUUUCGCCUUCCUUUCGCACAAGGUGGAGUAUUUAGUGCCAAUAUGUUGGACAGAUUACUUUACCAGGCCAUUAUCAAGCCGUACGUGGUAACAUUAACUCGCCUACUACUUGGGAUCGAUCAAUCUGCUGGGAGUGGCUAUCUUUCUUCGGUAACCUUUACAGUU